CUCCCGUGGGACUGACAGGCUAAGACAGACAAAGCCGAGGAUGUGGAAUUCUGGCGCCAUGUCCUGUCCACUGGGAAAGAAUUCUCUGCCUCAGACCAUGCUGCUAUUUUUGCUGAGCUUUCAGGUUCUCAACAUCCCUGUCUUGAAGGCCAAUGAAGAAACAGACAGAUCUACUAAUUUCAUUCCCACAGUGGAAUUUGCUGUCAACACAUUCAAUCAGAAAAGUCAGGAUGAGUAUGCCUACAGGAUGAAACAUAUCAUGAGUUCCUGGAGGGAGAUGGUAGAUUUUCCAGCCGUGUUUUCCAUGAGGCUUCAGCUGCGUAGAACUAUAUGCAAGAAAUUUGAGGAGAGUCUCGACAUUUGCCCCUUUCAGGAGGGCCAUGCUUUGAAUAAUACCUUCACCUGCCUGUUCACUGUCGGUAUCUACCCCUGGGUAACAGAAUUCAAGCUUUUCAAGAGUGAGUGCUCAUAGUUCCUCUGACUGGAGUCAUCCACAGACUGGCCGUGUAUUUUUCUGCAUUCACGAAGGGGUUAUCCUUAGCAGAACCUCUGUGCUCAUGUUCCUUGUUUUGCAACAUUGUGUAGUAUCAAGACUGGACAUAUGGAUAAUAGCCAGGAAAAAUGUAUAUUGCUGUUGUUUCAUCAUUUAGAAUAGCUCAUUAAAUAUUGCAUUUCUGAA